AUGGUUGCCCAAGAGCCCUACCUAGACUUGGUAUCAGAAAACACCAUGGUAGAAGCCUUAGAUGAAGCAGAAGAAACAUUGUCCCUAUGUGAUCUUCCCAUAUAUAGCGACGCUGCAGAUUAUAAAGACUUCUCCCAAGAAUAUCAAAGCUUGUCGUCUUCGUCGUCAGAGCAAGACUGCUUUGAAUUCUUCAGUGAAGAUUGGAGUACCACAUCUAGUUUCUCGUCCGAAAACAUCAUCUUCUGCGGAAAGCUUAUUCCAUUCAAAGAACCAGUCUCCGAAGAAUACACCCAUAUCCAUAAACAAGAAAGCAACAAAGAGCAAGAACACAGAAACCGAGGCCUUUUCCGGUGGCCGUCGAUGGCGUUCCGUGGAUCUAAAUCGGAAAAGAGUGUGUCAAAUUUGCAGUAUGUUUCGAGUUCAAAGUCUUUGGAAUCGCCGGUGCCGGAGAAACAUAGACACACUACCGAAAAGUGGACCAAAAAAUAUGAUAUAAGGGUAGCCGUUCGGACGUCGUCGGCCAAGUCUAAGUGGUACUUUUUCAUGUUCGGAUUGUCUAGGUUUCCAACGGAGAUGGAGCUGAAAGAUAUGAGAACCAGGCAGAUGCGACGAAAGUCAACGUCGUUCCGACCCAACGACGGCGGUGAGAAGGUGGCCUCUGUUGAAGGGAGCAGAAUGAAGGGAUGGUGGGGACUGAUUAGGGCUUUGGGUUGUGGUGGCUGCCACCACGCAAACGCCGUCGUGAAGGCUUCGUUUGGUGGCGUUCCGCGAGCGUGA